AUGAAAUUUGCUUCCAGAUGUAUACUGGCAAAGAGGGCCUCGCAACAUGCUCGGGAAGAAUGCGAGCAGGUUUCCGGAAGCGAAGCACCAGUCUACAACAUCUUAGGCCUACCUGCUGACAUCCUUGAGCAUAUCUGCCAUUACCUUAACGUACGAGACGUAAUAGCGCUUUCUCGAACAUGCAAGCUUUGGGGAGGUGUUGCGUCGUCACCUCGCGUCUGGGCAGGCCUCGUGCAGCGUUCAUUUUUGUUUGAGGAGCUGCCUCAAGACCUCGAGUUCCUAAGCUCACUAGAUACGCAGCAUAUCCGAGCCCAGUUCUGGCAACUCACUCGGCAACGCCCAGCGUUUCUUUCCGAUGCACCGCGCACGUCGGAGAUUCUUGAACGCACGGGGUCCCGUUUUCGAAAGCAACUCCGUUCCGCUAUCCCUUCCGCGCUCAUUCUUCACCUAGACGGCCGACGCGAUUUUAACUUCACCACCGUCUUCCGCGACGUCCCCCCCGGACAUUACUACGUCAUAUGGCGUGUCAUGCUACAGCCGGGUUAUGUGCGAGGCUACUGCAACUUCCGAGCCGUCUUUAGUCGCCCAUCCGACCCUAAAGCAGUUGCUACUGCCGCCGCCGCCGCAACCGCCGCUGUAGCGGGCCCAGCCAAGCAUCUUUGCAAGCUCCCGCACAAGUCAAUCGCUACCGCCGCCGCCGUCGCUGCUACAGCCGUCAAGCACCGACUGCUACUGCCCCUCCGUCGGAAGAGGCAAGAUCGGCGACGGCGAGCGCAGGAGGACGGCCAGUCAGGUCUGUUAGCCGGGACGGACGUGGAGAGGGCGGGGGGUAUGGAGGGGGUGGAACAGGAGCAGGAGAUCCAGGACGAUGGGUCGGGAGGUGUGAGGGGCCGCAAGACAGCGAGGGCGUUGCUGCUCCGGCUGUGGCCGAAUGGGGCUUGGGGCUGCGGACGACUGCGAGGCGGCGUCAGCUCCGCUGCGGUCGCGCCGAUGGUGGGAAGGGACGAGGACAGCGCCGCGACAGCGGCGGCAGCGGCCAUGGUGCUCAUGCAGCAUCGCAACCAUCAGCAUCACCAGCAUCAGCAUCAUCACCUUCAGCCCGGACAGCAGGAGCUGCAACAGCCACAGCAGCAGCAGCAGCCAAGGGGCCAGGCGGGUCAAGAGGCCCAUAAUGCCCCAAACCACCUUUACCACCGCUACAAUAAUAACAACAACAAUAACGACUAUCCCGAAAUCGAGCCGGAGACUGUGGCGCCAGAAGGGAAUCCGCAGGAGCAGCUACCCCCGCCGCCGCCGCCGCCAGUCCGGUUAUCUACUGUCGCCGCCGCCGCAGCAGCAGCAGCAGCAGCAGCCGGCCCCACCGCUGCCGCUGGCGGUCCUGGCGGCGGCCCUCAAGCGCAGCUCCUUCACCGCGCCAUGGGCCACCUGGCCGCUGCCUCCACCAAACGCGACGCCGCCUUGGCGAGUGGCGGCGGCGGCGGUCCUCGCUACGUGUCGCGGUGGAUGGCGCCGCUUUGGGGCAGCCAUACCAAUGCCUGGCGGCAGCUGGAUCCCGCGGGACCGCUGGGGUGCGGCGACUGGCGCAGCCUGCAGAUGGGCACGUUGACGCUGCGGAGGCGCGCGGACGCCCACUUGCACGGCGUGAUGGUGCAGUUGCGGCCCGCGGACGGGGCGCAGAUGGCGGCGGCGCUGCCGUCGGGGGAGACCCGCUGGCGGGGCCUGCUCGUGGACUAUGUGGAACUGGUGGGCGUUCACUGGGGGAGGGGGGCGUUGUUGUGA